UAUAGUGGAGUUAAAAGGCAGGCGUGCGAGCUGAAAUAUGGCUGGACUUAUCAACUUCGAAGAUGAGAACGAAGUGAAGCAGUUUCUGGAUAAUUUGGGAGUGGAGUACAGCUUUCAGUGCUACAAAGAGAAGGAUCCUGAAGGGUGCCAAAGGCUUGCAGACUACUUGGAGGGCGUGAAGAAAAACUAUGAAUCUACAGCGCAGGUGCUCAAACACAACUGUGAGACAUAUGGACAUGGAGAGAGCUGCUACAAACUGGGGGCUUACCAUAUCACAGGCAAAGGUGGAAUGACUGAGUGUCUAAAAACAGCCCACUCCCUAUUCACGCGCUCCUGCAAUUCUGGAGGAAAGAAGUCCACAGAUGCCUGCCACAACGUCGGACUGCUGGCCCAUGACGGACGAGCUCUGGGGGGAUCACCUGACCUUACAUCAGCCCGGCAGUACUAUGAGAAGGCCUGUGCCGGUGGCUUCGCUCCAUCCUGCUUUAACCUCAGCGCCUUGUUCAUUGAGGGCAAUUCUAAAGGGCUGGCACCAGAUAUGACUCAGGCUCUGAAGUACGCUAACAGGGCUUGUGAGCUGGGACACGUGUGGGGCUGCGCCAACGCAAGUCGUAUGUACAGACUUGGGGAUGGUGCGGAGAAGGAUGAGAAGAAAGCCGAGGAGCUGAAGAAUCGAGCGAGGGAGCUGCAUGGUAUGGAGAAGGAGAGGCAGCUCAAGUUUGGGGAGUGACUGUGACGCACUCACAUUAAAUUAUUAUUGUUUUGCUUUGCCUAACCAUGUGGUGUUUGUAAGAACAAGUUGGUUUAUUAAGUGUGCACAGACAAGAUCUGUUCAGGUUGUGUAAUAGUAGGAGAUGAUCUGUUUAAGAAUGAGUGGUUACAUUUACAUCUAUACCUCAUUUUAUAGUCUAUACAGUAAGGUUAAGGGAGCAACAUUAACCUGACGUGUAGAGUUCAGCCAAAUGUACACAAUGUGAAAGUAAUAGCAAUAAAAUGAAGUGUGAUUUAUGAACAGCAGUUGAUUUUUAAUCAUGGUAGUGAAUGUCUGUGAUUUGUGGUAUGGAAAUGGAUAGGCAGAGCUUUAUAGUAGGAAUGCAUGAUAAUAUUGGCACAUCAAAUGUAUCAGCUGGUGAAAUAUUACGAUGGGCCAGAAAUGAAUAUAUCUCAGUGAAUGUGUACAUUUUGACAAGCAAUUCAUGUCUACCAGUGGGCCAUCGUGAUAAGAGUAGGCAUAAUACCUUAAUUCCACUUCAGGAGAGAUUUUAAGUAUUUAUUCAGGUGGAAAAAAACUUAUCCUAUUAAUCUACCAAAAUAAGUCAGAAAAUCCCUUCAUAAUCGAUACUGGCUAAAAUCCAAUAUUGUGCAUUGUCAUCAGCAGUUGGAAGUCAGUGCACUGCCAUCAGAUCAUAAUCAUGUUGUCAUGUACAUCAGCCUUCAUACAAUAUUAUGUGUAAAUAUAUGUUGAGUGUGUUAUGAAUGUGGUAUGCAACUGUUAGAAAACAGGACAUCAUUUGAUUUAAUCUGAAUGAGACCUUGCUGGAAUUGACAAACCUUGUGGAAGAUGACAAAUGUGUGGCCUCAGAUUUGUGAAACUUUUGUGUACUUGUACUACCUCUAAACUUGUGGAACAUAGUUUUGAAAUUACAGUGGUUUAAAACAGUUGGACAAUGUCAUUAAAGGGCACCUCCACCAAUUGUACACA